ACCUGCGUGGUGGGCGGGGCCUGCGGCGGAACCUGGCGACGGGGUUCCUCUCGGCUUCUCUCCCCUUUUGCCUUCGCCCUUGGAGCCGCCACGUAAUGCCACGUCCCCGCGCAUGCGCACCUUGUCCAGCGGUGGCGGCUGUUUCCGGCCUUAAGGGGCUGGAGCCGCCGCCGAGCUGGAGGCAGUGGUGGCGGCGGCCGGGGAGUGCAGAGCACGGGGUUGGGAGCCAGGCCCUGCGGAGGGCGGGGGAAGUGGUCUUGUUUUCUUCCCCUAAAGGGCCGGUAAAGCCGGUGGCUGAGCUGCAAGAUGAAUUUCCUCCGUGGGGUAAUGGGGGGUCAGAGUGCCGGACCCCAGCACACAGAAGCUGAGACGAUUCAAAAGCUUUGUGACAGAGUAGCUUCAUCUACUUUGCUGGAUGAUCGAAGGAAUGCUGUGCGUGCUCUCAAAUCGUUAUCGAAGAAGUAUCGCUUGGAAGUGGGUAUCCAAGCUAUGGAACAUCUUAUCCAUGUUUUACAAACAGAUCGUUCGGAUUCUGAAAUAAUAGGUUAUGCUUUGGACACACUAUAUAAUAUAAUAUCUAAUGAUGAAGAAGAAGAAGUAGAAGAAAACUCAACAAGACAGAGUGAGGAUUUGGGAAGCCAGUUUACAGAAAUUUUCAUUAAGCAACAAGAAAACGUCACUCUUCUGUUGUCUUUAUUGGAGGAGUUUGAUUUCCAUGUCCGUUGGCCUGCUGUCAAGCUUCUUACUUCUCUUUUAAAACAGCUGGGGCCUCAGGUGCAACAAAUUAUUUUAGUUAGUCCCAUGGGUGUUUCAAGAUUGAUGGACUUGUUAGCAGAUUCCAGGGAGGUUAUACGUAAUGAUGGUGUCCUGCUACUACAGGCGCUAACAAGAAGCAAUGGAGCAAUCCAGAAAAUUGUUGCUUUUGAAAAUGCCUUUGAGAGACUGCUGGACAUUAUUACAGAGGAGGGGAACAGUGAUGGAGGGAUAGUAGUAGAAGAUUGUUUGAUUUUGCUUCAAAACUUGUUAAAAAACAACAAUUCCAAUCAAAAUUUUUUUAAAGAAGGCUCAUAUAUUCAGCGUAUGAAACCUUGGUUUGAAGUUGGAGAUGACAAUUCUGGCUGGUCUGCACAGAAAGUGACCAAUCUACAUCUGAUGCUACAGCUUGUUCGUGUAUUGGUAUCUCCCAACAACCCUCCUGGUGCUACCAGCAGCUGCCAGAAAGCCAUGUUUCAGUGUGGGCUGCUGCAGCAGCUGUGCACCAUCCUGAUGGCUACUGGGGUGCCUGCGGAUAUCCUGACUGAGACCAUAAAUACUGUAUCAGAAGUUAUUCGCGGCUGCCAAGUAAACCAAGACUACUUUGCAUCAGUAAAUGCACCUUCCAACCCACCAAGACCGGCGAUUGUAGUGCUGCUCAUGUCCAUGGUUAAUGAAAGGCAGCCGUUUGUCCUGCGCUGUGCUGUGCUCUACUGUUUCCAGUGUUUCUUAUAUAAAAACCAAAAGGGGCAAGGAGAAAUCGUGUCAACACUUCUUCCUUCCACCAUUGAUGCAACAGGUAAUUCAGUCUCAGCUGGUCAAUUACUGUGUGGAGGUUUGUUUUCCACUGAUUCACUUUCAAACUGGUGUGCUGCUGUGGCCCUUGCCCAUGCUUUGCAAGAAAAUGCUACCCAGAAAGAACAGUUGCUCAGGGUUCAGCUUGCUACGAGUAUUGGCAACCCUCCAGUCUCUUUACUACAACAGUGCACCAACAUCCUUUCACAGGGUGAUAAGAUCGACAGACGGGGAAGCAAAAUACAAACAAGAGUUGGAUUAUUAAUGUUGCUUUGUACCUGGCUGAGCAGCUGUCCCAUUGCAGUGACGCACUUUCUUCACAAUUCAGCCAAUGUUCCAUUUCUUACAGGACAGAUUGCAGAAAAUCUCGGAGAGGAAGAGCAGUUGGUCCAAGGCCUAUGUGCCCUUUUGUUGGGCAUUUCAAUUUACUUCAAUGAUAACUCACUUGAGAGCUGCAUGAAAGAGAAACUAAAACAACUAAUAGAGAAGAGGAUUGGCAAAGAGAAUUUCAUAGAGAAACUAGGAUUUAUUAGCAAACAUGAGUUAUAUUCCAGAGCGUCUCAGAAACCCCAGCCAAACUUUCCCAGUCCAGAAUACAUGAUAUUUGAUCAUGAGUUUACAAAGCUGGUAAAAGAACUUGAAGGUGUUAUAACUAAGGCCAUUUAUAAGUCCAGCGAAGAAGAUCAGAAAGAAGAAGAGGUGAAGAAGACUUUAGAACAGCAUGACAGUAUAGUGACUCACUACAAAAAUAUGAUUCGAGAGCAAGACCUGCAACUUGAGGAGUUACGGCAGCAAGUUUCUACCCUGAAAUGUCAGAAUGAGCAGCUCCAGACGGCAGUCACACAGCAGGCGGCGCAGAUUCAGCAGCACAGGGAUCAGUAUAAUCUGCUCAAAGUGCAGCUGGGAAAAGACAGUCAUCAUCAAGGUUCUUAUAGCAAUGGGGCUCAGAUGAAUGGCAUUCAGCCAGAAGAAAUUGAUAGGUUGCGAGAAGAGAUAGAAAAAUUAAAAAGUAAUCAAGAAGUUUUACAGAGUCAGCUGAUUGAAAAGGAGUCUUUGAUUGAAAAUUUGAAAUCUUCCCAAACAUCUGGCAUGGAUCAACAGUUUUCAGCCCCUGCUUCAGAUGGAGAUUCUGAACAAGCUGCAGAGUUGAAACUGGAACUGGCAACAUUAAAAUCUCAGUUAAACUCACAGUCUGUGGAGAUCACCAACCUACAGGCAGAAAAGCAGGAGCUACUGCAGAAAACAGAAACAUUUGCAAAAUCAGUUCCUGUACAAGGAGACAGUGAGACUUUAGCAAUAGCAGCUAAAACUACUGACGUAGAAGGAAGACUGUCAGCAUUAUUAGAAGAAACAAAAGAAUUAAAGAAUGAAAUUAAAGCUCUGUCUGAGGAAAAAACUGCCAUUAAAGAGCAGCUAGAUUCAUCUAACAGCACCAUUGCCAUCUUACAAAACGAGAAGGACAAAUUAGAGUCUGAAAUUACAGAUUCCAGAAAAGAGCAAGAUGACCUCUUGGUUCUCUUGGCUGAACAAGAUCAGAAAAUAGUGUCACUGAAGAAAAGACUCAAGGAUCUUGGUUAUCCAAUUGUAGAAGAGGAUGAAGUUGAAUCCGGAGACCAAGAAGAUGAGGAUGAUGAAAAUGAAGAGGCUGACAAGGACCAGGAUAGUAUCUAGCUUUAAAAUCUGCAGGAACGAUAGGGAUGAUGUUGUAACUUUGAGGAUGGAAUCUUAAGACAGUACUUUGGUUUGCCUCUGCAGAAAAUAAAGAUUUAGACACCAAGAGGAAAACAUUCACUAAUAAGACCAUUCAUAUACUUUGUAUAUGUUGCCACCCGUGUUAAAAACCCUAGAACUCUAACUUUAUGCAGAAUACAUACCUUUUAUUUAAAUUCAUCUGAACUGUCCCAAAAUACAAUUUGCAGAGAGCUUCAUGCAUCAAAAAAUAUACCAUUUUAAGGCAUGUGGUGGCAGUGCUAUUGGCUUUAGUUCAUUGGUUGUUUACUUUUCAGAUUUGUGACUUUUAAGUACUAACACAUUUGAUUUAAUAUGUAUUGAAUUGGAAUCAUUGUUUCUAAAUUCAGCAUUUGAGUUUUUAGCCUAUGAUUUUCUUUUAAAGAAAUGAGUUCACCUAAGGGCAAGAUAGCCUGGGGCCGAGAGAUAAUGUGUAUUAUCAGCCCAGCAUCCAAUGUGACUGCUAAGACGUGCGGCAUAGGACAGUUUAGAAUGAGUGCCUUGACACUGAUGUGGCUGCAUUCUGUCCCUCAGGGAAGGAGCAGGAUGCUGGUGCACACAGGUGAUGUGGAGGAUGAGUCUGAGAAACUUUGGCAACAGUGUAUUAACAUGGCUGGUUUUCUCUUUAUUUUAAGCUAAACAUCUAGAACAUGUUGUAAGUUAACAGCUCAUGCAACUCAGAUUUAGUAUUGUUGAUUAUCACAAAACGUAUUAUGUUCCUAGUUUUUAAAAGACCCAAAUUAUGAUUUAUAUAAUUUAUUGUCAUUUUUGCUGAAUAGGUUUAAGUCAGAUAAUAGAUUUUUAAAAAGCAAAUGAAGCAAUGUGUCAAAAUUUAAUGUUUCAUAAUAAAAAUAGAUACUAUGUUCACUUAAUCCCUGGUCAUGGUUCCCUUUUUGUAGAUUUUGUAAAAAGUAUUUUAUUCUUAAUAAAAGGUGAAGCAAAUAGAAA